AUGGCCCAUCCACACCUAACCCACAUAAUCGUUCCCUACUCUUCUCGUUUGCUAUCAGAAUUACAGCCAGGCCAAACACUUCUUGUUCAAGGCAAUAUUUUACAAGAAGCUAAACGUUUUGAAAUAAACUUGCUGAGCGAAUGUUUUGAAGUAAAUCCCCAUGUUGGCUCUGUCCCCCUACAUGUGAAUGUUAGAUUUGAUGAAAACAAGAUUGUCCUAAACUCGUUUAAUGCUGGUGAAUGGGAAAAAGAAGAGAGACAUUCAAAUCCUUUUAAAAAAGGAGAAACUUUUGACAUUCGAAUUCGUGUGCAUGAAGAACGCUUUGAAUUACUUGCCAAUCAACACCAUUUGGCUGAUUUUAAACAUCGACAUGCUUUCACAAAAAUUGAUCAUAUGCAAAUAACUGGUGAUAUUACACUCUCCAACGUUCAUUGGGGAGGGCGUUAUUUUGAAAUACCGUUUCAGUCAACUUUUCACGGACAUUCACUUAAAAAUGGUCAACGUGUUUUUAUCUAUUCAAUUGCGAAGGGCGAUUUUAGCGUUAAUUUUGUUGGUGCAAAUGGAGAUUUUCUUUUUCACUUAAAUCCUCGUUUUAGUGAAAAACAAAUUAUUCGAGGUUCUCAGAAAAAUGGUACUUGGGGAGAGGAAGAACGAGAAGGUAAAUUUCCUUUGAAAAAGGGGGAGGCUGUUGAUAUUGCGAUACAUAAUGAGCCUUUUUCUAUUCAGGUUUUCAUUAACGGUAGUCAUUAUUGUUCUUUUGCCCACCGAGUGGAGGAUCCAAACAAUGAAUAUAAAUUUUUACGUGUAGAAGGGGAUGUUGAAUUAACUGGAGUUGAAGUAAGUCAUUGA